AUGCCUCUAGACGCUAACCAUCCCGACUUCUGGACAGAGGCACUGCAGUUCACGCCUACAAUCCAUCGAGAUGUAUACCCCACCAUCAGCCCAUCAAAUGAAGACAUUCAGCAAAUUGCACACGGAAAAGUAGUCUUGAUCACUGGAGGGGGCAGUGGAUUUGGCAAAGGCGCGGCAAAGCAAUGGGCAACGGCAAAAGCCUCCGCUAUAGUACUGGCAGCGAGAACCCAGCAGAGCAUUGAUGAAGUUGUCGAAAGCCUAAAGACAGCUGAUUCGACCACGCAAUUCUUACCAAUUGCAACAGACGUGUCUUCUGAAACCGAUGUUCGCAAUCUGUUCCAAAGGGCAAUCCAGGCUUUUGGCAAGAUAGACGUGGUUGUUCACUGUGCUGGCGUACUUGGGCCUCUUGAACUAAUUGGCGAUGCUCCUGUCGACGAGUGGUGGCAGUGCUUUAAUAUCAACGUCAAGGGCACUUUCCUAGUUGCACGAGAACUUGCGCGCGCAUCAGCCAAAAACGAAGCGACAUUCAUCCAAACCGGUACUGCCGCGUCCUAUUUUGCGAGUCCGCAACAGUCUUCAUAUACAUCAUCGAAGCUGGCGACCAACAUGAUUCUCAGCCAACUACACGAGGAAUACGACAAUCUGCGAGUCUUCAAUGUGCACCCAGGCAUGGCGCUGAGCAAAGUGCUACGCCCUGAAUUACAUAUUUAUGCUAAAGACACGGUUGAGCUUUUCGGCAGUCUUACCAUCCAUCUCAGCGGGCCAAAAGCGGAUUUCUUGAGGAACCGCUUCAUUGCUGCAAACUGGGAUGUCACUGACCUGGAGAAGCAUCAAGAUGAGAUAGUUGCUGAAGGACUACUCAAAAGCCAGGCGUUCAAGGGCGACAUGGGACCAGGAGGUCACAAGUUCAAAUCAUAG